AUGUCUCGGCCAAGCACCAUUUUCGGAGGAGCGUUGAUUGGGACCAGCUUCACUACGGCGGCUCAGGUUCAAGAGCUUCUAGACCAACUACAAUCAAUUGGAAUCAACCGUAUUGAUACCGCAGCCAGAUAUUCACCUACCAGUCCAGGUUCUUCCGAGCGGUUGCUAGGUGAAGUCCGUGCUCAAGAACAAGGCUUCACGAUAGAUACAAAGACCAGUACUGAUGGCUCUCUAAAAACCGAUGGAUCCGGAUCCCUAACUGCUGCGAAUAUUACGAAAUCAAUCAAUGAUAGUUUUUCUCGACUGCACGUUGUCAAUGUUCAUAUUCUCUAUUUCCAUCGCCCGGACCCCGAGACUCCAAUCGCAGAGCAAGCCAGCGAGAUUCAUAGGCAGUAUUUGGAGGGUCGCUUUGAGAAGUUUGGUCUCUCAAAUUUCCCACCUGGGCUUGUGACGGAGUUUAUUGCCGUCUGUGAAGACAAAAACUAUGUCAAGCCAAGCGUGUACCAGGGUCUGUAUAAUCUUCUGAGCCGCGAGAGCGAGAAGACAUUAUUCCCAUUGCUGCGAAAGCAUGGAAUUGCUUUCAAUGCCUACAGUCCUCUUGCGGGGGGUUUCUUGACAGGUCGGGCAACUCGUGGUGAUACUGUUGGUACACGAUAUGCACCGGGUAACCAAACCACCUCUGCUUUGAACGUUAAAUACGACACGUUAGAUAUGCAUAGGGCGGUGGCCGGUCUGCUGGAUACCAUUGAUCCGCUCGAGAUUAGUGGCGCAGAAGCAUGUCUAAGGUGGCUCUACUACCAUUCAAUCUUGGACGAAAAGGACGGAGUGAUCCUAGGAGCAAGUAAGAUUUCACAGAUCGUACAGAAUCUGAGCGAUAUUUCCAAGGGGCCUUUGCCAGAGAUUGUUGUGCAGAAGAUCGACUCGUUGUUCGCGCAGCUGGCCAUGUAUCUUCCACGGCAGCUCAUCUCCCACCUAUACCUACAACUCCUCCGAUCCCACCACCCACUCUCCCCACCAGUCCUGAUUCUCGUGGCUCUCGAACCCGAUGCCCUCUGUGCUUGUCGAAUCCUUACGGCUCUCUUGAAACGCGACUACAUCCCUCAUAAGAUCCAACCCGUUGCAGGAUAUGGUGACCUCGCGCGCGCCGGGGAGGAGUUGGUCCGCCCCAUGCAAACCACCAAUGGCGGGAGCGGAGGUGUGGUAGUAUGUCUGGGUGUCGGCGGGCUAGUUGAUCUGGCCGAAAUCCUAGGCAUGAGCCAACCAGAAGAGGAAGAAAUCGAGGAGGAUAUGGGAGGUGUCGAGAUUUGGGUAUUCGACGCGCGCCGGCCCUGGAACCUGGCCAAUGUCUUUGGUGGUCAAGCCGGUAUGGGCCAGGCUAUGGCGGAAAUUGAUGUUAACGCACGAAGGCGCGGGCGUGGUGUCGACCAAGGCCGCAUCACACCCGCCUACACGUCCAAAAGUGGCGGUAUCAUCGUGUUUGACGAUGGCGAUAUUCAAGAGGAACUUGGCAGCGAACGGGACGCAUACUAUGCGCUUCUUGAGAUGCCCGAGGUGGACGACGACGAUGAGAGUGAUGGUGAUGAUGACGAAGAAGAAGAAGAGAGUAUGCCGACAGGCUCUAAAAAGCGCAAGUCGUGGUCGGGUCGGGAAGACGAUGACGAUUCAGACGAGGAGGAUGGCCCCCCCACGCCAACGAAAACGAAGCAAUUCAGGCUCCUCGAUUGUCUCAUCUCCAACGAUUCGCCUUCGCCAGAAGAACCGAAGCAGUUAUCGGCCCGAUCUCUAAAACGACGCCUGCUUCGUAUGAAACGAAAACACGAUGCGACAUUGCAGUCUUAUUAUUCCUCUGGAACUUCAUACUCGGAGCCCAUUUCGUCGCUAGUUUACUCGCUAGCAUCUGAACUUGGUCGUGAGGAUAAUGACCUCCUCUGGCUUGGUAUUGUUGGAAUUUCAAGUCUAGAACUAAGCGGUCGAACUAUGACUGGUGUUGGUAUUUCCAAUUCGUCCGAGGAAGGAGGCUCUGCUGGCUGGGGCGGGCAACGUGGAGAGCACCUUCGCCAAAUUUUCCGAGAUGAAGUUCAUCGUUUGAACCCUCCCGAUCCACUUGAGCGUGAUCGAGACAUUAGAGGGGAGAUCAAUGGCGUUAUUCCCACAACUGCCAGGUCACCGACCGAUACAUCUAUUCGACUCUCUCCAGAGCCCCGCUUCCUACUCGUUCGUCACUGGUCACUGUACGAGAGUAUGCUGCACAGCCCAUACCUGGCCCCCCGGCUUCACGUCUGGACGGAAAACGGCAGGAAGCGUCUUCACAAACUCCUGGCCAAGAUGGGUAUAAGCCUCACCCAAUGCCAUCAAUUUUAUACACACAUGGAUAUGGAACUGAAGCGGGUACUACGUGGGCGACUCCUCAAGUACGCUCCUAUGUACGGUUUGGACGGACUGGUUCCUGCAGAGCCUACUGGGCAUGCUAGCUCUCGUGAAGGGUGGGGCUUCGUUCGUUGCUGGGGCUGGAAGGCUUGUUUAUCCGCCACAGACGUCGGUGUUAUUAUCGGUGCCAUGCUGGAGGUUGGACCACAUGAGACCUCCGCAUCUUGGGAUGCUAAACGUCUUCCACGGGCCCGAGGCACCAACGAUGAUGUCGAGAACGGAGGCGGCACUGGCGAAUCAGACUUGGCCAGCCUUCUUCCUCGAUUCUGGAAUGCAUACGAUGCUCUUUCACUCACAUCCGAAUCCCCUACCUUGCUCAUGGAGGCAUUGCCAUUAGCUCAACACCUUCACCGUGCUAUUCUUCGCACUGGUACAUCACUAUUGUCCAAGCACCAAAUCCGCCAUCUUCGAGCUUUCCGCAUAGCUGUUGUCAAAGACGGCCCUGACGUCAAGCUUUUCACCAACCCGGGGGCCUUGACAAAGCUCGCAUUGUGGAUCGCCGAGGCCAUCCGUGUCCAAGAGCGAGAGAAGGGCGAUUCCAUCAAGAUUGGCCGGAAACGCGCGGCGGGUACACCUCUCGUCCUUGCAGGCCUAGAUGAGGACCGUGACCUUUAUGUGGUUGUGGGAACUGGUGGCGGUGGAGGUGUUAUUGACUAUGCUGCCAUGUCUAAGCGCCGAGAGGAGCGCAGUAAAAAGAAGGAAGCUAGGGAUAAGAAGCAACGGGAGCGAUCAUCUCGCCGGGCACAGCGCGCAGCAGAGCGUGCUGAACGAGAAGACGAUGAUGAAGCCGAAGACGAAGAAUCCGACGAGUCCGAAUCAGAGUCCGAAUCAGAGUCCGAGGACGAGGACCCAGGUACAAAGAAGCACCUUUUGCGGAACAGGUUUGGCAUUGCCUUCCAAGAGGUGGUCCAAGAGACCAACGCUCGCGUCCGUAUCGACAGCUUCGACCACUGUGUUGUUGAAGUCCAAAAGGACGACCUGGGUGGCUUCCUGGAAGCGUUGAGCUUCCGCAGUGUGGUGGGCUAA